CCUGGAAUUUAGCGAAUGCCGUUUCAGUUACCACGACGUAAAGUGGGCGUUUCUGGGGUCGUUGGAAAAACGCCCUCUUUCAAAAAAAAGAGUUCACCGAUCAUGCGCAGAAUGCUGUUUUGUUUGCGCGAGGAUUUCAUACCUACGAUGGAUAAUGCUGGACAAAACAGUCAUACAGACUGGCUCCCAAAACAUUUAACAAUAUGUUCAGCUUCGGAAGAGUACAUCACAGGAAUAGUCUCUACAGAAGAAGAACUGAAACAGCUACUGGAAAGUCACAAGCGUGCAUCAGGCACAUCUUACACAAUUUGGUCUGAUGACAGUCACAAAAAACAGAAAGUGACACCACGAUGUCUAUGGAAAGUAGAAGACUAUUCAGAACAUGUCCCACUCUCUGUGAAAAGAAGGGUGAUAUAUGCUUGUACGCACGGAAAGAACUACAAGAAGACAACCACAACAGAUGAUUUGCAUACUGAACACGAAUACACAAGAAGAAAAAGAUUCCAUAAUCAAAACAGCAAGAAAGUGGAUUGCCCAGCAAAACUUUACGUCCGAUAUGUAGAAAGAUAUGAUCAGUUUGCUGUGGCUAAAACAAGUUCUAGAACAGAAAGACAAGUGGCAAUUAAGGGUGUUCUGGAGUCAUUAAAAGAAAACACCGCUGUCACUUCAGAAAUUAUCCAUGUCAAAAUACCUUUGGCAGGAGCACACAAAAACCACAACACUUCACAAAACUGUUAUUUCUCAAAUAACAUCCAUUGCAAUGUUGCUUUAAAACAAGAUUCCCAGAGUAAUGAAAUCGCCAAUCAAGAAGACCUCUGCUUUGAUGUUAUUGAUAGUCCUGUACCAUGCACAGGGAAGCAGAUACACAGUAGUGAGUCACAGUCACCAGAUGUAGCAGUCGAUCAACGGCAUUUACGUGAACAGCUCAAGACUUUGCAUGACAUUUCAUAUAUUUGCACUGAUAAAGAAGCUAUCAGGAAUGCAUCCAGAGUUGUUCAUGGCCUUUGUGAGACCCUGAAAUCCAGUUUACCCAAAGAUUUCCUGGUUCUCCAGCAGCAAGAACCUGCCAAGAAAAACCUUAAAGCCUUACCAAGUCCCCUGAAGAAAGUCAAACAAAAAACAUCCUGGAAACAUAAAACAGUGGCAAUCGAAAAUGAAGACUUCCUUUCUCAAGGAAAGCCACUCACAUUGACAGGUACAACGGUGCUCCUGUUCACACAUUUAAUCCUCAAACAUUUUAUUAUGCUCCUGAUUCAUCUGUCUCUUUCUCUGUAGUGCGAAAUUCCACUCUUCAGAAAAGUGAUGGUUUGGGAGAUCAGAAGAUCCUGUAAGCCCUGAAGCAACCAGUCCUUCAAACAUCAUUAAACAUCUUAUGUUCUUUUUGUGUAAAUUAAAAAUAAAUAAAAUCUGAGGUUAAACUGCA